AUGCCCGUUUCUUCUCAUCAUGGGUCACUGGGGAGAAAAUACGCGAUUGGAAAAAUGGCGGAAAUUAUGGUAGCCUGCAAUAAAAUGAUAUUCAAACUUCAAGAGGAGGUUUACGAGGCGUCAAAAACCGCCGUUUCCAUGGGCGAGAUACCCGCAAUAUGCACCAGUAGCAGUACUUGUUUCGGCCCUCACCUCGAUUCGGGCUCGGAAAAUACGCCGGUCGAUCGGACCACCAGCCUCCCGACACCACCUGAGCCGAAAACCGUUCGCGAUCCACGUCUGAAGGAAAUCUAUGAAAAAUUGAUGGACCUCGAGAGCGUCGGGCGAGUAGAGUGGCUGAAAGUGUUCAUGCACAUGAGCAGCUACCUGAGGGUGCUGCGACCUUUGUCGAGGGCGGAUUGGGAGGAUAAAAAAAAAUUUAUCCACCGUCACACCCUGCGGGUCGACGGUCCGCAUCCUGGACUUUCGGAUAAUUUAAUUACCGCCGGUAAUAAACCACUCCGCAAAACCCGGAGACCCGGAAAGAAACCGGCCGUCGUUUCCACUCCGUUGUCCAUCAAGAACGUGGAAUUUGUGGGUCCGAAUAACGACGAAGAUUUUUUUUUCAAUAUCGAUCGCUCCGCAGUUUCUGGUACUUUGAAAAAAUCCAAUCCCAAGACUUUUUGCGAUUGUCUUUGUACCGCGAGCACCGACCUUUCGAGUCCCUCUAAAAAUCGGACAAAACGAUUUGCUGGGAAAGGUAACCGAAGAAUAUGAGCGCAGGAAACAAAACGAGAAAAGGUAUCUAAAUACAUCCCAUGUGGUAUGAAUUAAAGUCGAAUUAUAAGUCUGAAUAUUUUUCUGAGAUAAAAUAAUGAACUUAUAUUGCACCGAUUGUUUGCAAAGAAUUUAUCGUCUGAACACUUUCCGAUUAGUUGACGAGAAUUGUACAUGUUUCUGUAUUUAGUGUAAUUCAUUUUAUCGUUAACUGAAAUUGGUUGUUUUUUUCCCUUUAAUAAAAUCAACAAGUAUUAUCGCGUAAGAACUCUGGAACGUGAAAAUUUCACCGCGGAUCGAACGCGCCGAAUGAUUUUUUUAUCUUCCAGUUCAACAACUCUAGGUACCGCAAAUAUUUUCUAAUCAUUGGAAAUGUGAUUGAAUUGUCAGAAAUCUUCUUUAACUAAAACAGACCUUUUUAUAUUUUAGUUGCGUCCAGAGAAAAAAUAAAAAUCAGUUUAACAAGAUUGUAUUCAAAUUUUUUUGCACGACGUUCCAAUGUGCAAUUUUUCUUAUCAACUUAUAAUUGCACAACCUGAUUGCGAGCUUCGAAAGGAGGCAUGGUACCUAAAUUAUACAUGUUGAUUUAUUGGCUAUCUGACCUCGUGAUAUCGUUGAAAUUAUUCUACCGUGAAUUUUAUUCUCGAUUUCAAAUUUUCAAUCGCAUAAUCGUCUUCCCGAUGAAAUUAUUGUGGCUCAAUUUUUCAAAUACUUUUUCAAAACCCGAAUCAAGGAUAUUUAUUCACUUUGGCAUCCGGGGAGAUUUUCAGAGACAUAUCGGCGAUUCGUUGAGGAUCCUUCAUCCGUUAUUCACAAUUUCGAAAAGAGCAAACGUACGCUGCCAAUUAUAAAAGACAUUCACCCCUGUCCGAUGAAAAAAAUGAUCUAUGGAGAAAAUAUGCGUGUAUUACGAUUGCAUAACGAAUUACAUUAUACGAACACGAGUGAGAUUCCGUGGGAUUAUCUGGGAUACAGAUUAGACCUGUGGAGUAUUGCACUGGUGGUGAUGCUGUAGUUUUGAAUUUGAUUGCGAGAG